CUUAUUAUCCUCAGAGUCACACGGCAGCGCUCCGUCCUCGCCAAGUGAUGCUCUUCGGCGGGGCGGCGCUCACUCUCCGGUGGUUAUCACGGAGAGAGGGAGUGAGAGAGAGACAGAGAGGGGUAGAGGAGAGAGAGAGAGGAGCGCGAGAGAGAAGCUCCGGUUUGUUGUUGUUGGCAAACAGGAAAACACUCAUCAGCUGAGGAGAAGAAGAGUCGAACAUGGGAAUUUAAGUGAGCUUGUGUGUGUGUGUGUGUGUGUGUGAGAGAGAAAGCUGGAGGAGGACAGAGACAGUCCCAUCCGAGAGCAGAGAGGAGGCGGAGGAGGAGAGGGACAAGAGGGACAAGGUCCCGCCGGGACAGGAGGAGCGAACAGCGUCCUGUUUAUAGUUUAUAUUUGACUCAGUGCUUUCUGUGUGAGGAAUUACAAAAGGAUUUCUUCUUUAAAAAAGGACGAAAGGAGGGAAGGAGGGAUUGUUGGAGUUCGGUGUCUUGGUGAUGGAGUGAGGGCGCACGGGUUCAACUUCAGCCUCGCCAUGAAAUCGGUGCUGUUCAGCCGCUUCUUCAUCCUGCUGCCCUGGGUCCUCAUCGUCAUUAUUAUGAUCGACAUCGACAGUAAAAGGACGAUCCGGACUCCGGCGGCGGGUCGCGGCGGCAGAACGCAGCCGCAGACGCCGCAGACGCAGCGGGCGGCGCGGACAGUCGGCGGCGCACCGGGGCUCGGCGUCACCCAGAAUGUCACCGAGGCGCCGGUCAUCUACGCCAUCACUCCGACCUACACGCGCCCCGUGCAGAAGGCGGAGCUGACCCGGCUGGCGCACGCCUUCCGCCAGGUGCCCCGCUUCCACUGGAUCGUGGUGGAGGACUCCACGACGCGCACGGAGCUGGUGGCGCGCUUCCUGGCGCGCUGCGGCGUCCCGUUCACGCACCUGCACGUGUUCACCCCACGCAGGUUCAAGCGCGUCGGGAUGCCACGCGCCACCGAGCAGAGGAAUUCGGCGCUGGUUUGGCUGCGCCAGCACCGGAACCGGCGCGACAGCGGCGUGGUGUUUUUCGCGGACGACGACAACACGUACAGCCUGGAGCUGUUUGAAGAGAUGCGCAGCACUCGAGGUGUGUCCGUGUGGCCUGUGGGGUUUGUGGGUGGCAGAGCUUAUGAGCGCCCCCUGGUGUCUGGGGGUAAAGUUGUGGGCUGGUACACCGGCUGGAGGCCGGACAGACCGUUCGCCACAGACAUGGCAGGUUUCGCGGUGAACCUACAGGUGAUCCUGGCGAACCCCCGCGCGCUCUUCAAACGCCGCGGCUCACAGCCCGGGAUGCAGGAGUCCGACUUCCUCAAGCAGAUCACCAAGGUCACGGAGCUGGAGCCCAAAGCCAACAACUGCACCCGGGUACUGGUCUGGCACACACGCACAGAGAAACCUCACCUUGCAAACGAGUCCAAACAUCGAAAGGACACAGUGGUCAUUGAGGUGUGAUGGGAGGCGGCCGAGCACAGGAUCCAGAAGCAGAAGGUCUUUGUUGCUGCCCCGUUAUCUUCUGGCUGGGACUAAAGACAGACGGCAUCCUGCUUUCUCUCCUUAUCAGGGUCAUUCAAUCUGUUGGUGGCAGACGCGGACUCAGGAGAGCUGCAUGAUUUCAAGACUUUGGCAAGCUGUCUGUCAAAAAAACUGGCUUUGUGAGGACGUGAAUGUGUUCAUUUCACAAACUGGGAUUUUGAUCAUCAAAAAAACAAAAAAAACCUGAGGCAGAAAUGUAAAAAAAAAAGAAAAAAAAAGACAAAUGCCAUGUGACUCAAUUUGAAUCAUUAGCAUAUCAUUGUCAAAAAUGAGCUGUGUCACUGUGUUGUAAGUUCCAUAAACAAGGCUAGGUUCAGCUUAUGUUUUUUACGGCAGUAAAUACUGGUGCUCGUCAUUAGCUAUGUUUACAUGGAGACAAGUGAUCGGAAUAAAAGCCUCAUCUAAUUUUCAGAUUUCAUUCCGAACAAGAGGGCUGGUAUAUGUAUAUGGCGACCAUAAUUCGGAUCGGAGUUCGUAUAUACAGUCGAUCCGAUCACGGCUUCCUGGUUUGGUGCUAUAGCGUGUUCGAGCCACGUAAACAUGACGAGAAGACAGCAUGAACCUCUUGGAAUUGAACUGAAGGAAUUAUUAGGGCCCGAGCACGAAUGCUAGGGUCCGAAACGAAUUUGUGUUAUCCUUCAGAGUAUUAUGAUUAUUAUUAUUGUUCCCCAGUGUAAAAUUGUGUUUUAGGGGGCCUAAGCAUGCUCAAAAACUCACAAAUUUAAGUGGUUCAGUAAAUGCGUGUCAUAAAAUGGCACGUGUCAUAAAAUGGAAAUGGGCGGGGCCAACAGAAAAUGAAAAUCAGCUUUCAUCAGGUCAAUUUUUGACGUGUUUCCAGAACAUAAACGGAACUUGGUACACAUGUUAUGUUACCAUGUCAGGACGGUCUGAAAAGGCAAUGACGACUUUGCCGCAAGUCCUACAGGAAGGCCGCCAUUUUGGGUUGAAAGUCAAUUUUUUGGCAAUUUGGCACCUCUGGUAUUUGAUCAAGCUUUACUGCAGUCAUCUUCAAAUUUGGUGAGGACAAUGUGGACAACUUGAACAUGACGUUACAUGUGACGUGUCUUGCCAGACAACAGGGGACGUAGUCAAACCCAGUUGAGGACAGGGCCCGUUUCAUGGUCAUCGAUAAAAGGAGACGUGUUUACAUUUUGUUACUGCUUGUGUUUCCUGUCCCAAAAAAAGAACAAUGAACAGGAACACAACAACAAGUGAAGGUACUUGUUCCGACUGAACGCUUGAAUUUUGCGUCCGCUAAAACGAUGGAAUUGUACAUUUCGAUGGGAACAACUCUUUUCCGAAUGAAGACAUCUUGCACAUGUAAACAUAGCUACUGCUAAAGGAUUGCUCAGCAUUUUGGGAAAUAUUCAUGACUUACUUUUUUUUAAAGGGCGACUUGGGAAGGUUAGCAAACUGCUAGCUAAGACUGGAGGGCGCUACACUGGACGAGUCAAGCGUUUAGAAAAUAUGUCUAUCAACCCUUUGAAAACUGAUGUAUUGACACAAACUAUCUCAUUCAUUAAACUUAAAGAGGUUACAGACAAACUCUGUGUCGCUAAUGUUUCCUGUUUGGAUUAAAAAGACGCUGCAGUCAACGCCGUGUGUGCUUUUGUUCCACGAGAGCAGCAUCAUCCUCAUGUCUGGAAAACUACCAACAACAGCACUGGCAUUGUUUCCUCGUCUCUGUUGACAUUAAUUACAUUAAUGUCGCAAAGGUAAUGUGGUAAUGAUUUAUUGAUGGCCGGCUGAUAUGUAAUUCUCAUUUAAAUCAGGCUGAACUGAUCAUAUUUAAUGAGGCGCAGAGACCUCGGCCCUCGGCUCAUCGUGUUAUGUAUGUGCGGCGUGUGAUCACGUUUGGAAACAGCUCUGGAGAAGAAACGGGGAAACAUCUCUGCUGACAAACUGUCAUCAAUAAUGUAGAGUCUCUGAAUCACACAACAAAGGAAAGCUGCCUCACAGGAAAAGGCCUGCAGAAGAAGGGGGAAAACGAGUGAAUCGCCGAGAUAAGACGUGUUCUGGUUUCACAGCUUGCACGUAAAAAAAAUAACCAUUUACUUUAGUGAAUUUUUACUGUGGUGUGAACUGUGUUGGAUUUUACAGAUGAAGUCACACAGUGCUGAUAUUUUUUCUUCAUCUACAGAUUUGUCUUUUUCUUUUGUGGUCAAUUUUGUUCAAUGGUAUUCAAGCAAAACUAUGAAUGUACUCAGUUAUAUCCAUGUGACAAUUGCACAAAAUUGGGUAUGAACAACAGGAGCAAACAACAAAUAUAAUUUAAUUUAAAAAGUGUUGCACCACCCAAAUCCUUCCCCGAACAAAUGCUAUUCAUUUAUUUAGAUUUCACAAAGAAAAGUGAUGGAUUCAAUGUGCGUUCCAUUUACAUCGGAAGUUGGAACUGGGAGUGACCCUGAUCCAGUUGAGAAUUUGGCUAACAAUGUACCUCGAGUUAGCUAUUGUUAGCGACUGUCUUAAUGCAGUUGGAAAUCAAUCACAAAAAAAGGAUCCCAAUGCUAAUACACAACGUCAAGACUUUUGGGGGUGGAGCUUUGACCACCCCCGAGGGAACCUCCCAAAGGGAUUAAUAAAGUUGUCUGUCUGUCUGUCUGACAAGAGGGCUGAUGGGAGGUGCCUGCUAUUGCUAGCUUUGUCGUCUUUACCCUUACUUUGAUCAAACUAUAUUGCGACUAUGUGAUCUAGGUAUUUACCUUAAUGUUUAAUUAUUGAUUUGAAUUUAUUUGUGUUCAACAAUGUCUGUGUAAUUACUGCUAGAAUUUUACAAUGGAACCACACACACACAAACUAAAUAAAGACAAGAUUAAAUCCAGAAUUUUACAGCCUUUAUUCCAAAUGACUCUCUUUUAAAACUUGAAACAGAAAGAAAAAUAAAGAUUAAAUAAACUUCCAAAAAGAUAAAACAGUACUUAUACAGUUAAAAGAGUCAUUGGUUAAACACAGAAAAAGAGUUCUGAGAUAUUUAUUGUUUUAAUGCACGGAAAACACUUUUUUUUAAUGUACUAGGCACCAGAUGUAAAUGUAAACACACUGUAAAUAAACCUGGAGGACAUCAGAGACAUGGACUGUGUUAAAAAUGAGUUAUUGCGUGGCAGAGGGACGUCUCUGUGCGGUAAAGUUCGGCAGUGUGAUCGCAGCGCUGUGCAUAUGUUGAGUGUGU